AUGCUAGGACUGCCUUUGUCUUUGGCUGUUGGUUGGACAUGCCCCGAGGCACUGGAGCUGCAUAAGUUCUUCAAAUUCUUAGCUAGAAACCGAUCCAAGAUCUCGUCUGAGCAAUAUGGUGAAAAUAUCACCACUGUUCAGAACUUGCGCCAUUCGAUCGCCGGCAUUCGCCACGCCGCUGUUCAUCGCUUGGCCCAAGACAGAGAUAGUCUGCUUGAGAAGAAUUGUGCUGCCAUCGAAUUCUGCCUUCGCAUCGGCGAAAACCAUAGUGCAGAGAGUCUUUGUCGUCUCUUUGAUUUUCUACAGAAAAUCCUCCCGAAGUCAAGCAUGGUGCAAGUGCAGCCACAGCAGUCUGUUCCCUCUCAUCCUCAUUCGCCCGAGCUCUCUCUCCGCACACGACUACAAGAACGAUCGAUGAUCCCCACUGACGUGAUAAAGAGACUCGUUGGAUGUAUCGAGGAGGACUUGAUCUCAGAGGUGAUGCAUUUCUUGCAGAUUGGGUUUCCGUGA